AUGGCUCACGAUCAUACCGUACUAGCAAACCGGGUAACUUUUCCUUCAUUCCCUUCCCUUCCCUUCCUUCCUUCCUUCCUUCCUUCCUUCCUUCCCUUCCUUCCUUCCUUCCUUCCUUCCUUCCUUCCUCCCUCCCUUCCUUCCUUCCUUCCUUCAUUCCUUUCUUCCCUUCCUUCCUUCCUUCCUUCCUUCCUUCCUUCCUUCCUUCUUUCCCCCCUUCCUUCCUUCCUUCCUUCCUUCUUUCCCCCUUCCUUCCUUCCUUCCUUCCUUCAUUCCUCCCUCCCUUCCUUCAUUCCUUCCUUCCUUCAUUCCUCCUUCCUUCCUUCCUUCCUUCCUUCCUUCCUUCCUUCCUUCAUUUCUUCUUCCCUUCCUUCUUUCCCCCUUCCUUCUUUCCCCUUCCUUCCUUCCUUCCUUCUUCCCUUCCCUUCCUUCAUUCCUUCCUUCAUUCCUCCCUCCUUCCUUCCUUCCUUCAUUCCUUCCUUCCUUCCUUCCUUCCUUCCUUCCUUCCUUCCUUCAUUUCUUCUUCCUUCCUUCUUUUUUUCCUUCCUUCCUUCCUUCCUUCCUUCCUUCCUUCCUUCAUUCCUCCCCUCCCUCCCUCCCUCCCCUCCCUUCCUUCAUUCCUUCCUUCCUUCCCCCUUCCUUUCUUUCUUUCUUUCUUUCUUUCUUUCUUUCUUUCUUUCUAUCUCGUCUGUUAAUUUCUUUCUUGCUUUCUAUCUAUCUAUCUAUUUAUGGGCACCUCGGCGUGGUGUAAUGCCGGGCUUAGAAAAUCAAUAUCUAUUUAUCUAUCUGUGGUUGCUGUCUUUUUUGAUUAAACCAAAAAGAGCCCCUCAAGGUAGUUGGUUACUGUUAUUUCUUUCUUUCUUUCUUUCUUUCUGUUCAUUUCUAUCUAUCUAUCUAUCUCAGUUUGUUUCUUUCUUUCUUUCUCGGUCUGUUCAUAUCUAUCUAUCUAUCCAUCUCAGACUUGAUAAAAUCAAUUUAUCUGUCGUCUUUUUCAUAUCCAUCUAUCUAUCCAUCUAUCUAUCUCUCUAUAAAUUUUCAUAUCUAAACAUGAAUAGUCUUCUAUCUAUCUGA